UUUGACGCGUCUCCUCUGGCGCCGAACGGUGCUGUGCGCGCACGGGAGAGAGAAGCGGGCGACGAAGCGUUUGGCUGGAUUUCUCCCCGAUGGGUAAACAGAUCCCCGACGUCUGCGGGCCCCUGUCCCCGAAGGAGAAAAUGCAGGCUGACAAAAAGGGGGCGACUUGUUACACGGGCAUGAAAUACAGGAUUUGCUGCGGGGUGCUCGUUGCCCUCCCUUCCCUCGUAUUCCUCGUUUUCCUGAGUUUGUACCUGCGGUCCCUCUAUUCGGAUCCGGUCAAGCAGGUGAAGGAAUGCCAAGUGGAGCUGCAGAACCGAACUUCCCACAUGCGGGCUAGCCUCGACUUCCUUGGGAAGCGCGUGGAGGAGACGGAUAGCGACCUGGAGGAGGCGAGGGCCGAAAGAGACGGGCUGCGAGCCGAACUGGCGGUCGCUAACCGGAGCCUGGAGAAGACUAGGGAGGACUGGGGCUCCUGUCAGGAACAACUGAAAAGUUUGGAAAAGAAUGCCACAUCCCAAGUGAAGGAAGCUGUCCAGCGAGAAAUGGAGAAAAACAAAGUUGCUGAAGAGGAGAUUAAACAGCUUAAGCAACAACUCUCCAACUUACAACAGACGAAGGAGCAACAACAAAAGGCGAUUCAGCAUCUGGAGGAUCAGCUCAUGCAACAUAAACCUGUUGAGCGCUCAGAGGGAGGCCUUCUCCUCGGGCCUUCUGUGGUCCUUCUCCCACUUGUCCUUGCUGGACUCCUUCUCUAGUCCAUUUGGACUCUGGUCAAGUUGGGGUGGGGUGGGGAAGUGUCAAGCCUCACCCUACUUCAUCUGCAUAUCCAUACCCCUUCUUCAGGACUGGAACCUGAUUCUGAUGCCAGACUUGGAUGUUUAUCUACUGUGAUAACUCAGAUUUUGGGCACAGCAGUGGAAUUGCCAGAGCUUGCAUUACAUUGCACCAACUGUUACAUCGAAUUUGGCAAAUAAAGUUAACUUUUGUUUAUGUUAAUAACC